AUGUACAAGAUCAACGGUGCCUACCCCUAUGACCUCAGUGAUGAUGGAGGUUCUAUCCAGUCCAGUGGCUUUUCGCUGGACGAGCCAUCCUCGCUAAGGUCCAGUUUAUCCAGACCUAGUGGAAAGUCCAUAUACUUGCGGAGAAAGGAAUAUGCGGACUCCAUAAUCAAACAACCAGGGAAUUUCCAGUACAGAGUGGAGCACCUCUUCACAUGUGAGGUGGACGGCAGAGACAUCCGGGACCUGGAUGACUGCAUAGAACAGCUCAAGGUGCUGGAUGCCAAGGGCAAGGUGUGGGGACAGGACAUGAUUCUGGAAGUGCGGGAUGGCUGUCUACAGCUGACUGACAUUGAGACCAAGGAGGAGCUUGAGUCCCUGGGUCUGGAAAGUAUUGUUGAGACGAAGGCAGUGCUGGACACCUGCAUCUACAACUCCAUGCUGACAAUCACAGUGCGGGAUCGCGCCAAGCGGAAGACCAGCAUCUUCCUAUUCCAGUGUGAGGACGUCAGGGCAGAACACAUCAAAAUCGACCUCGAGAGAGCUAUUCGACUCAGGGGAGCUGACACCAGGGAUAGGCAUGACAACAGGGAGGAUCCUGAACCCCAUCCCGAACCUGAACCUGAAGCCCAGGAGGAGGAAGAGGAGGAGGAGGAGGAGCCACCGCCACCGCGCGAGUACACCGAGACCGACAGGAAGGUGGACAUCUUGAACCACAUUCUGAGUGACGUGGAGCUCUUUAUGGGCAGGGUGUCAGAGGUAGCGCCUAAAGAAGACAAGAAGAAGAAGAAGAAAAUGAUGAUGUUGAAGAAAAGCAAAAAGAAGAAAGACAUUGAAGGUAUGCCUCCUCCUGAGGAAUUUGCAUCCUGUCUGCAAAAAAUCAAGUAUGGAUUCAACCUCUUGGGGGAACUGAAUGGUGUCAUCAGUAAUCCCAAUGCUCCUGAGUUCAUCCAUUGCUUCUUCUCCUCGCUAGAGUUCUUGGUGCCUCAUUGUUCCCCUGACCUGCCUCCCUCCAUAGUCUCCCCUCUGCUGACAGAACAGUGCAUCAGACUGCUAAGUGAGGAGGCCAGCCAGGAGGAGGACCAGCUCUGGCAGUCCCUGGGGGACGCCUGGAACAUUCCCGAGUCCAAAUGGCCCGAUGAUGAAGAAGUUCCACCCUAUGUCCCAGAGUUCAGCGAUGGCUGGGAACCCCCUAUGGUGGUCAAGGCUCCACCUAAAAAAAGCCCAGUCCCCAAAAGUAAGGUUCAGAAUGUCAACGAGCCUCCGCCCAAAUACAUGCGGGUGAUGUACGACUUCACGGCCAGGAAUCACAGGGAGCUGAGCAUCAUGAAGGGCGACGUGGUGCAGGUCCUGGAUCAGUCCAAACAGUGGUGGAAGGUGCGUAACAACCAGCAGGAGGAGGGCUAUGUGCCCAACAACGUGCUGGAGCCCAUGGAGGGCAGGAGGGUGGAGGAGGAGGAGCCCCAGGAGGUGCAGUCUGUCCCGGUCCUGACCAAGAGGUCCAAACCUAGUGAAGUGAAGGCCUGGCUGGAGUACAAAGAGUUCUCCAAAAUUACGGUGCGCUGUCUGGGCGUGCUCAGUGGCUCCCUGCUUCUCGGGAUGACACGCGAGGAGCUGAAGGAGGUGUGUCCGGAGGAGGGGGGGAGGGUCUUCUUCCAGCUGCAGGCUGUCAAGUCUGCCCUGGCGAUUGAAAGUGAGAGGGGGCGCGGCCACUCCAAUGGGCGCUAGACCUUAGAGGCACAGGAGCAGAGGAAGGGG